UCUGCAGCCGGCGUCCCGCGUUGCCCUUGGCAACUGUGGAGCGGCGUCUCGCUCUCCUCUGACCCCGCGAUGACACAGUAAACAGAGCCUCCAUUGGCUGGUCGGGGCAGGCAAGCCAAUCAGAGAAGAGGUUGUAGGGAGGCGGCUGAGCGGGGUUUUGGGGGUAGGAACCUAGGGUUAGAGGCAACCGGUGAGGCUAGAACCCCGAGCGUGGUCGGUUGGAGCAAAUAUGUCUGUCCGGAGGCACAUUGGGAAUCCUGAGUAUCUGACCCGAAGGAUACCACAAAACCCAAAGUAUCAGCAUGUCAAGUCAAGACUGGACACUGUGAGCAAUUCAGUUAUUCACAAGGAAUCAAGAUUUUCAUGGUAUCUCCUGUCGUCACCCAAAUCACCUUCUACUGAGUUCUUCAAAGACUGAUAUCUCCUUCCUGGGUGCCUGAGUGUAUCUUACCAGCUCCCCAGCAUUGCAGCCUGUGCCAUGAAUGGAUUAUGCUUCUGAUGAAAUCCCUGACGGCGUUUUGUUCAGUCUCCACCGCAGGGUUCUUGCGUAUUCUCAAGCACCCUCUCUGGGUUUCUGUUCUGCAGCACUGCAGGCUGGUUAAGGGACACAUUCCAAACACAGGGCUCUCCCUUUGUAACAGUAUGACUAAAUACAUUGAGAAGCUAGAAGAGAUCAAAAAAAAUUAUAGAUACAAAAAAGAUGAACUUUUCAAGAGACUGAAAGUUACAACUUUUGCCCAGUUGGUCAUCCAAGUUGCUUCCCUAUCUGAUCAAACACUGGAAGUGACAGCUGAGGAGAUUCAAAGGCUAGAAGACAACGAUUCUGCAGCUUCAGACCCUGAUGCUGAAAUCGCAGUCAGGACCAACGGGAAAGGGAGCCCCGGGGAGCAGUCACUGAGCCCAGUCCAGUUCAUACAUAGUGCGGGAGCGGGGGACUCUAGUCGCUCGACUCUUCAGAGCGUCAUCAGUGGUGUUGGGGAACUGGAUGUAGACAAAGGGCUAGUGAAGAAAGCAGAGCCCAACACCAAAGACAAACCUUAUCCCGACUGCCCCUUCCUGCUGCUAGAUGUGCGAGAUAGAGAUUCUUACCAGCAGUGCCACAUUGUUGGAGCUUACAGUUACCCAAUUGCAACUCUGUCUAGAACAAUGAACCCUUAUUCAAAUGAUAUUCUUGAAUAUAAAAAUGCCCACGGCAAGAUCAUUAUUCUGUACGACGAUGACGAGAGGCUGGCCAGCCAGGCAGCCACCACCAUGUGCGAGCGGGGAUUUGAAAACCUCUUCAUGCUUUCUGGAGGUCUAAAAGUCUUAGCUCAGAAAUUCCCCGAAGGACUGAUUACGGGUUCCCUGCCAGCAUCCUGCCAGCAGGCCCUUCCUCCUGGUUCUGCCCGGAAACGAGCCAGCCCCAAAGUACCGCCUCUCCCAGCUGAGAAUAAAUGGAGAUUUACCCCAGAAGACCUAAGAAAGAUAGAGUACUACCUAGAAGAGGACCAGGGUCCUGCAGACAAUCCUAGCCGGCUGAGCCAAGCUAAUGCCUCCGGAAGAGACUCCAAGGUUCCAGGCCCCCGGAGCACCCGCAGCGGUCAGAAUCUGCCCACAGGGGGCCCUGCCGGCCACCUGAACCCCCGCUCUCUGGGCUCUGGCCACCUGCAAGGCAAACCCUGGAAGUAAAGACUUCGUCUGUCUUAGUCAAAUAAAUGUUUUCUCUCCUUCCGGAACCCCUGAGCAGUGCCCAAGUUGGUCAUUUUCAGACACUGCCGCAGAGGAGAGACCAUGACCUGUGUGAUAGGCCCUCUUCCCUUCUCCAGCUCCUCUCCCACAUCCAACUCGGGAAGGAUUUUUACAAAAACCAGAGGCAUGACAGGCUCUGGUGUCCUCCCUGUUGUUUACAGAAUAUGUAAUCUCGGAAACUGACUAGGCAAAAAGAGUCUCAUUUUUUUAGGCUAUUUUUUUUAAUAAGGUCCAGCUUGUUUUGAUCUAUAGCCUGUGUUUUGUAAAUACCUCAGUUAUAUCUGGUGUGUUCUUCCCAACCAGUUCUUUUUCACUCACUGUGCUUGGUUUCCUGAAGGUUCUCCAGGUAGGCUGUGCAGCCUGAGAAGCCGUGGGUGGGGAUGAUUCUUAGCUUUCAGCCGCCCCCAGGCUCCCCACCUGUGGUGAGCCCACUGGCUGAGGAGCGCACGCUGCAGGCGGCUCUGUUGUGAAUGUGGAGGCCGGUACCUGUGAGCAUUGCUCAAUUUCUAAGAUUUAGCAGAGCAGCUCCCACACUCCCUGAAUGUUCCUCCUCACUCUGUUUUCCUGGAGCCAGCACAGGUGGUAAUGUGUGCUCAGCUGCCUUCUGUCAGGGCGCGGGGCCCCUUGCAGGAGAGCACCGUCCAUUAUGGAGGGCUGCGUGGAGAGCCGUUGAAGCCUCCCAGAGCUGCUCCUCAUUUGUGGUUGGUUUAUCAGUUGUAAAUUUCCGUUACCCACCUCGGGUCCAUCUGUGUUAGACGGGUAGAAAUUAUGGCCACUUGAAAACAUCGGCUUCCGUGGGGCCACCACGGGCACACAAGGUGAGGACGACUCCAUGGUCCUUUGUCAGAGCUGACAGCCCCUUAAGCCCUUGCUUAAAAAUACAGUAUUAGUCUAAUUGAGUAAUUAGUGCAAUUUCCUGCUUACUUUUCAUUCUCAUGACUGAGCUGUGAUUAGGAGGUUGUGAUUAUAGAUUCUGGUUUGGGCCAGAAUUUUGAAUCAGCAUUAAUUGAAUUGCUAGAUGACUGACAUUCAUUCCAUUUAAUUGGGGGAACAAAGACCUCAGGUAGGGAUGAGGAACUCUGAAAUCAUCAGGAAAAGGAAAAGAGCCUUGUUAAUUUUUAUAGUCUGUGAUCUGUAGCUGUGAUAAGGGACUAAGGAAUAAAUUGUGCUCUUUGUCAUGGCAACCAGCUUCUGAAAAGCCAACUGAAAAUUGCCUGUCCUUAGGUGGUUACUGCUGCCGGGUAAGAUUUGCCUUAAUGGGACUAUUUUCUCACCACCAAAAAAAAAAAAAAGUGCCACAGUAUUUCUAGCAUGGGGGGCUGUGUUUGUAAGAGAAAUAAAGGUAAUAAAUAUCUCAUAGAGACGUAUGGAAAAAUAACUUUCAGAUUCAGCCCAGUCCUGUUUUAGUGUGUUUAUCCUUCUCUACUUGAUUUCCAAAGUGCAACGUUUUCCGAUGCUUUAGAAAUCAGACUAACCAGGGACAUUGUUCAGAUGUCAAGCCGUGCCCAAUUUUCCACAAGAUUCAAGAAUCUUGUAUAAAAUUCAGCCAACGUACACAUAGCUUUAAUGAGGAGCCUGUCAUGUUUCUCCAUAAAUUUAUUGCCUGAGAACUUAGUUCAGCCUUUUGCUAAUGCCAAAAUGCUCUGGCUCUUUAUUUUCCUUACAGCAUAGAUUUUAAAAAAUGCAAAUUUUUCCACACUCGAUUUUCCCCUAGCAUGGACAUGAUUUUCAGCCAUUUUUGACACAUAUACAUUUCUAAGGAGAAAAUAUUUUUCUCUCUAACAAAGUUCUGAUUAUGCCAUUUUUAAGUUGACUAGUCAGGAGUUUAGAUGUGCCCGCUCGAUUCUGUUUUGAAAGUAAAUGGUAGUCCCCCUUUGUUCCUAUUCUGCAUUCCUAUCACCAAACAACGCUAGAGUGUUAGAAACUCCUGUGUAUAUAUGGAAAGUCACUUUAGCCAAACCUAUUAGAACUGCUGUGCGUUUAGCUGAGAGAUCUGGCAGGUUGAAUAUAUUUAUAUGUGUUUCUCCAUAGUGCUUUGCCUUAUUGGUAAGAAUUUUAAAUAACGACCCCUCAAAGACCUGUUCUGAUUCUGUACUUUGUGUAUUAAAUGUCGCUUGCAGACAGUUUUUACAUGCGCAAGGUAUUGCUUGGAAUGCUCUACUUUACUGGUGUUUUUUAUUAGAUUAAGUGACAUGUAUUAUUUAAGUGAUCAGUGAUACUUUGUGCAAUUAUGAAUGUUGAAGAUUAAAGUACAUAGUUAUUAA